UUUAGCACUGGUGGUAGCUUUAUUGCUUGUUACUCUGUUUCAAAUCUCACCCUCUGUUUUGUUGUUGUGUCAUUAAUGUCUGCCCUUUAAUCUCCACAUUCAUGAUUCAUACACACUCUCUCUCUGCUCUCAAUAAUUUUGACUUGCAGGUUUUUGGUGCAGUCAAAAGAUGUUGAGGUGAACCAGUAGGGAGACUCUAUCACACAAUGAUACUACUAAACCUAGCUUUUAUGCUGUUUGUGGUUCUCUAUUUGGAUUCAGCAAAUCUAAAGCUUCAAUCUUGGUGAUUUGGGUCACUUUUUUUCUUUGCAAAACAUGGGUUGGGUUCAUCUACCAGUUAAGGUUAGUCCACCAUUCUUUCUGCCACUGACACUACCACCACCACCUCCACAGCAGAAUUUUGAUUUCAAUUUAGACACUAAGGUUAGGCCUAGUAUUUUGCUUAUCAUUGUAGUUCUUGCUAUAAUCUUCUUUGUUUCUGGGUUGCUUCACCUCCUAGUGCGGUUGCUAUUAAGCCCACCUAAUAGAGACCCAGAAGAAAUGGACAAUGUGACUGCCCUUCAAGGGCAAUUGCAGCAACUCUUCCAUCUUCAUGAUGCUGGUGUUGAUCAGUCAUUCAUAGACACCCUCCCUGUUUUUAACUACAAAGCCAUUAUUGGAUUAAGAGACCCAUUUGACUGUGCUGUUUGUUUGUGCGAAUUUGAGCCUGAAGACAAGCUCAGAUUGCUACCAAAAUGUAGUCAUGCCUUUCACAUGGCGUGUAUAGACACAUGGCUCUUGUCACACUCCACUUGCCCUCUAUGCAGAGCUAGCUUGCUCCAUGAUUCUUCUCCAAACAAUUCUUGCUCACCACCCAUUGUUCUGGUUCUUGAAUCUGGAAGUGAAAGCUCAAGAGAGCUGGAAGGUCCAAUAGGGAGAACCAGUUCUGUUAUGAGAACAAAUUCCUUUCUGGGUUUUCAUAGAGACAUUGAUUUGGGAUCAACCCAUCUCGAUUUUUCUCAUAAAUCUUGUGAAAUUGUAACAAAGGAAGAAUCUUGCCCAACAAUAGUCCUAGAUUCAGGAGACAAAGUUGUGCCUGUUAAAUUAGGGAAGUUUAGGAAUGUUGAUGGUGGUGAAGGCAGCAGCAGCAGCAGCAACUGCAACAAUGACACUGAUGUAAGGAGAUGCUUCUCUAUGGGUUCUUUUGAGUAUGUAAUGGAUGAGAACACUUUACUUCAAGUACCAAUUAGGACACCCAUGAAGAAACAAUCAAGCAAGAAACCAUCUUUGCCACUCACACCAGGUCACAGACUCGCAAUGUCCGAAUGCGGUUUUGAUUCAAGAAGAGAAUUCAAUGGAUUUGAUGCAAUUGGUAGUUGUAGAACUAAUGGAAGUUCUAGCAUUUGUGCUAACAAUGGCAGUGCAAUUAGUAGUGCCAAAAAAGAUAGCCUUUCAGUAUCAAAGAUUUGGCUUCAGGACAAGCAGAGUGAAACAGAGGAUUCAUCAAGAAGGGCUUUUUCUUUCCGAUUUCCGUGGCGCAAAAGUGUCGAUGGUGUUGCUGAUGAGAAGGGAAAGAAUGUGAAUUGUGGUGGAAGUGCAUUUUCAGAGAUUGAUAGUGAAUUGGGUUGUUGUGAUGAAGAAAAUCAGAGCUGUAACAGUUUGGAUUCUCAAGCGAAAACUCCAUCUUUUGCAAGGAGGACUCUGCUUUGGCUUGUUGGGAGACAAAACAAGGUUGUUCAUUCCUCCUAUAGUUCCAACAUCUAGUUCACUAUUUUUGUUUUCUCUUAGGAUUAUUUUCUAGGAAAAUUGUACCUUUGGUUCCUUUAUUUUAGAAUGCAAACCUGGAAUAUCUGUAGUGAUUUAGGGACAAAAAACAAAUGGAGGAAAAGAAUGAUGUUUCAUAGAGAUUUGAAUACACAACUGCUUGGUUAUGAAUGCUUGUAAUUGUGAUCUAUGGUUGAAGUAGUGGCUGUUCAAAAAGGCAAAAUUUUGGUUUGGUUGACAAAGUAGCUAUGAAGAAUCUCUGGAUUAUAGA